GGAAGGUUGCAGAGCGGCCGGCCCCUGUGAUCCCCUAUCGGUUCCCCGCCUCCCCGCCCGCUUCUUCCCCUGCGGCCGCCGCAGCGAUUCCCGACCCGACAGAGCUCCCCUGAACAGGGGUGCGCCAGCUUUCGGAAGAGCAUGGCCCCUAAGGCACUCCGGCUGGCCAUUGUCUUUGGACUCUUGGCCUUGACGCUCCCCUGUCAUGCUGAUGACAAGCCUCCGGAUGCUGGAAAGGAAGCAAGUGAAAGCCUCCCCGAGAUCUUGCACUUGCUAGGCACCAGGAUCAUCGAGUCAACGGUGGACUACCUUCUCACGGCCAUGAUUAGACGAAGCGGACGUAUGGAUUUGGAAGAAAAGUCUGCCGAACACCCAACCGGCUAGCUGGUGGCUCCGCAGGUGACUGCACUGAUUAAACACGGAAACACAGUUGAUGGGAUCAGGGAGGUGUGAAGUCUUCACGUUCCUUCUAAUGGGCUGUGUACAUUAAAGAUGGAUGAUUCCAACAGA